AUGCCCUCAUACAUCAAGUACAUAAAGGAUCUGCUGACCAGAAAGAGUUCACUGAAGGGUGGGCAAACAAUAGUGAUGGAUAAGGAGUACAAUGCUCUUAUUCAAACAGAGCCACCUACAAAAAGGAAGGACCCAAGGAGUUUUCACAUCCCCUGUGCUAUAGGAGAAACAAUGAUUGAUAAGGGACUCUGUGACCUGGGAGCAAGCAUCAACUUAAUGCCUCUAUCCCUGAUGAAAAAACUUCAAAUCAAUAAGCUAACACCCACGGACGUAAUCAUCAAAUUGGCUGACAAAACUCAAAAACAGGCAAUAGGAGUGGUUGAAAAUGUGUUAGUGAAUGUUGGGAACUACUUCCUUCCCACAGACUUUGUUAUCUUGGAGAUGAAAGAGAAUCACACCCAUCCCAUCAUCCUGGGGAGACCAUUCUUAGCCACAGCCAGGGCGCUUAUAGAUGUGGAGCGAGGAGAGCUAAUAUUGAGGAUACAUGAUGAACAACUCACCUUCAAUGUCUUCAAACCCUCACAAGAAGCAGAUCAAGAAACCAAAGAAUCAAGGGAAGAGCACAAUAAGGCACUGAUGGAAGAAACAAGCACGGAAGCACAAAUAAUACACCUGAAAAUCCCUCCAGUUGACAAGCAAUGUGGUCAGAAGGAACAACAGCCAAGUGUAACCCAAUAG